AUGGACCAAAGUGGUAUUACCCCUAAUACAUCAAAUCAACAGUUAAUUAACAGCAGUGAUAAUGAUUCUGCGACUGCACUGCUUCAAGGAAAGCAAGCCAGAAGAAGAGACAAUCUUGCAGAAGUCACUUUCGUCGAAUAUAUGACCGUGGGGAUAUUGUGUUUUGUAAAUCUGAUCAAUUACAUGGACAGAUUUACUAUAGCUGGUGUGCUGGGCGAUGUCACGAACGAAUUCAAAAUCGGCGAUGAUAGCGCUGGAUUCCUGCAGACUGUGUUCGUGGUGGCCUACAUGGUGUUUGCGCCGAUGUUCGGAUAUCUCGGCGAUCGGUAUUCAAGGCGGAUGAUAAUGGCGUUAGGAGUCGCACUAUGGAGUAUUACAACCUUCGCUGGUUCUUUUAUAUCGAACUUCGCGCUGUUCGCGUUCUUUCGAGGGCUGGUGGGUAUCGGCGAAGCUUCCUAUUCAACCAUCGCUCCAACCAUUAUCAGCGACCUCUUCGUCGGGAACGUGCGCUCUAAGAUGCUGGCAUUCUUUUAUUUUGCCAUUCCCGUUGGAAGCGGUUUCGGGUACAUAGUUGGGUCAGUGGCGGGGGCCGCCGCUGGCAACUGGCGAUGGGGGCUCCGCGUGACCCCUUUCCUGGGCGCGGUGGCUGUAGUACUCAUAGCAUGGGUGAUGCAGGACCCUGAACGUGGUCAGGCUGAGGAAAGCACUAUGAAACCCACGUCCUAUGCGGAAGACCUUCGGGCACUCGUUAAAAAUCCGUCGUUCAUGUUGUCAACACUGGCCUUCACUUGCGUUGCUUUCGUAACGGGCGCACUCGCUUGGUGGGGCCCGCAGUUCAUCUACUUAGGACUCACUCUGCAACCGGAUGUCCACAUAACGAAAGAAAGGGUGUCGCUAAUCUUCGGCGGGAUCACGAUGGCGUCGGGGCUGGUAGGCGUGCCGGCGGGCGCGUGGCUGGGCGCCGCGCUGGUGAAGCGCUGGCCGCGCGCGCACGCCGUCAUCUGCGGCGCCGGCCUGCUCGUGUCCGCGCCCGCGAUGGCCCUCGGGAUGCUAACCACCCAGAACUAUUUCUACGCGCCAUUCAUCUUCAUGUUCAUAGGCGAAGUCGCUUUGAAUCUCAACUGGGCAAUCGUGGCCGAUAUGUCGCUGUACGUUGUCAUCCCACCGCGACGUUCUACGGCGGAAGCUUUCCAAAUCCUUAUAUCACAUAUGCUUGGGGAUGCUGGUAGUCCCUAUUUAGUAGGAGUGAUAUCUGAGAGUUUGAAGAAAUCAUUAGGUUCAGGACGUAUGGAGACACCAAGCCAGAGUGUACAGUUUAGAGCAUUACAAUAUGCACUGUUUGUAACGUGUUUCGUCGAAGUUAUUGGAGGAGCGUUAUUCUUGAUGACAUCAAAGUACAUAGUCAGAGAUAAACAGAAAGUGGAUAGAGCAAUUGCCGAUUCUGAAGCACAGAGUAGCGAGCCCUCACACAGCCAAGCCCAUGAAGAGAAUUUAGUUGGUGAAUAG